UCCGUCCAGUCCAGAGAGACCUCCGUCCGCGACCUCCCCAGCGACACAAAAUGAAAUUCAUUGUUUUAUCUCUGUUGGCAGCAACAUGCUCCGCGGCUCCGCAGCUUUAUCAGACGGUGGCAGGAACUGUGGCCAGUCCACAGUGGAACCUUCCGGCUGUUAUGAAGAUUCCUGAACCAGGUGUAAACUUGGGAAUGGUAUUAAGCGCCCCUGCCCCUGUCCCCUUUGUGAGGGCCGCCCCUGUCCCUGUCCCCGUUGUGAAGGCCGCCCCUUCCCUUACCGUCGUUGAAGCUGCCCCUGUAGCUGUGGCCCCUGUUGUCCCGCUGGUCAAGAGUGCAGCCAUUGUGGCUCCUGCUGCCCCUGUGGCAGUCGCCCCUGUGGUCAAGAGCGCUGUCCCCGUCACUGUAGUGGCAGCGCCUGAGCCCCUCAUGGCCCCUGAACCCCCCAUGCCCUCCCUCAGCGUCCCUCACGUGGGAGGCCAAUUCCACGCCCAGGACGAGGCCGGCCAGUACACCUUCGGCCACUACGGCGGCCCAACACCGCGUGGAGACCAGGGACUCUUUGGGUCGUACCUCCGGCAGCUUCGCCUACGUGGACCGAGGGGGACGUCCAGGACAGAUUGCGGACAGCACAAGGACCUGCAGAGUUGGCUCACUUUAACGUGGGAAUGGUUUGAGUUGGGCGCAUCAAAUCGUGUCUAG